AUGGCGCCCACGAACGAAGAAGGGCCCAACGCGGCCCUUGAUCCUGCUAACGAUCCCGCCAACGAUCCCGAGGGUCCCGCGCUGACAACUUUGAGGACGAGAUGGGCUACCCGCAAGAUGACGAUAAAGAGCAGCAACAAGAAGAGGCUUUCCAUCAUGCACCGCGCCGGCCACAAGAAACAUAACAGCGAGAAGAGUCGUAACUCCGGCGGCACCGAAUCUUUACAAACCGAGGCCAACACGGCCACUGAUCCCGAGGAAGGAAAUGGUGGCAGGAAAAUGUUCUUCAACCUCCCUUUGCCCGCGGAGCUUCUAGACGAGGAAGGUCACCCAAGUCAGCAUUUUCCGAGAAACAAGAUCCGCACAGCAAAGUAUACGCCCAUAAGUUUCGUUCCCAAGAAUUUGUGGUUUCAAUUCCAGAAUAUCGCAAACAUCUUUUUCCUUUUCCUCGUCAUCCUGGUGUUCUUCCCCAUUUUCGGCGGUACGAAUCCAGGCCUCAACUCGGUACCUUUGAUUUUCAUCGUCACUGUCACGGCAAUCAAGGAUGCCAUCGAAGAUUACCGUCGCACCAUUCUGGAUAUCGAGCUCAACAACGCCCCCGUUCAUCGCCUGCGCGGCUGGAACAACGUCAACGUCGAGGAUGAUAACAUUUCUCUGUGGAGGCGCAUUAAGAAGGCCAACAGUCGCUUCUUUGGCCUUGUCUGGCACACAAUCGAAAGCAUUUGGUCCAAGAAGGCUAGGAAGGAAUUGGCAGUGCGCAAGAACCCAGAAGCGUACGCCGAUGCGCCGCGACCCUCGGUUGAGACCCACAUCCCCCGAGACUCUUUCAACCAACCCCGAUCCAAUCGAGACUCGUUUGUAUCCGCCCGAGAGGAUAUCCAGAUGACACCGGUUCCCUCUCCACUUCCCCGUCAGACUCUCGAGGUCCCUCAAGAAGAUGACCACAAGCGCGUCAGAGAGUUGAUGCAACGAAAGGGAGACGUGGUGAACCGCAGUGUACCGGUCAAAGGUGACGCCCGAUUUCACAAGGAUCACUGGAAAGACUUGAGAGUUGGCGACUUUGUGCGAAUUUACAACGACGACGAACUGCCAGCUGACAUUAUCGUACUGUCCACGUCUGACCCAGAUGGCGCCUGCUACGUCGAAACCAAAAACUUGGACGGCGAGACGAACUUGAAGGUCCGACAAGCGCUGAGGUGUGGUAGGUCGCUGAAGCAUGCCAGGGACUGCGAACGAGCCCAGUUCUGGAUCGAGAGUGAACCGCCGCAGCCCAAUCUCUACAAGUAUAACGGUGCCAUUCGUUGGCACCAAACCUUCGAAGACUCAUCCGAGCCCGACUUGAUGACUGAGCCCAUUACGAUCGACAACUUGCUUCUCCGUGGUUGCAAUCUGAGAAACACGGAAUGGGCCCUUGGAGUCGUCGCCUUCACGGGACAUGACACCAAAAUCAUGAUCAACUCUGGUAUCACGCCCAGUAAGCGUCCCAGAAUCGCCAGGGAAAUGAACUUCAAUGUCAUUUACAACUUCGGCAUUCUCUUUAUUCUCUGCGUCUUGACCGGCAUCGUCAACGGUGUCGCAUGGGCGAAAACGGACGCAUCUUUACACUUCUUUGACUUUGGAUCCAUCGGAGGAACGGCACCCAUGUCCGGCUUCAUCACAUUCUGGGCCGCUCUUAUUGUGUUCCAGAACUUGAUUCCCAUUGCUCUCUACAUCACUCUUGAAAUUGUCCGCCUAUUGCAGGCAAUUUUCAUCUACAGCGACGUUGAGAUGUACUACGAACCCCUGGACCAACCCUGUAUCCCAAAGUCGUGGAAUAUUUCCGACGACCUUGGCCAGAUCGAGUAUAUCUUCUCCGACAAGACCGGUACAUUGACACAAAACGUCAUGGAGUUCAAGAAAGCAACUAUCAACGGACAGCCGUAUGGCGAAGCAUACACGGAAGCUCAAGCUGGCAUGCAGAAACGCCUCGGUGUCGACGUGGAGAAGGAGGCAGCCGAAGCCAGAGCCGAAAUUGCGGAUGCCAAAAUACGUGCGAUCGACGGUCUCAGAAAUAUUCACGACAACCCUUACUUGCAUGACUCCGACCUGACUUUCAUUGCGCCUGACUAUGUCUCUGACUUGGCGGGUGACUCUGGUGAUGAACAGCAAGUGGCGAAUGAGCACUUCAUGCUCUGCCUCGCCCUGUGCCAUACUGUCAUCGCCGAGAAGAUACCCGGAUCACCGCCAAAGAUGCUGUUCAAGGCACAGUCACCUGACGAGGCGGCUCUUGUCGCAACAGCCCGCGACAUGGGUUUCACGGUGCUUGGCAGCUCUCAGGAGGGCAUCAACCUGAAUGUCAUGGGCGAGGAUCGAUUCUACCCGAUAUUGAACACAAUCGAGUUCAACUCGAGCAGGAAGCGUAUGAGCGCAAUUGUCCGGAUGCCUGACAACCGCAUUCUGCUCAUCUGCAAGGGAGCGGACAGUAUCAUCUAUUCGCGUCUGAAGCGGGGCGAGCAGCAAGAGCUUCGCAAACUCACGGCCGAGCACUUGGAAAUGUUUGCCCGCGAAGGUUUGAGAACGCUCUGUAUUGCGCAGCGAGAACUCACCGAGGACCAAUACGCCACCUGGCGCAAGGAGUACGACGCGGCUGCAGCGGCUCUUGAACAUCGAGAAGAGAAGAUGGAGGAGGUCGCAGAUCACCUUGAGCGCGAAUUGACACUACUUGGAGGCACCGCUAUUGAAGACAGACUGCAAGAUGGCGUUCCCGAUACCAUCGCUCUGCUGGGCGACGCUGGCAUAAAGCUUUGGGUUCUCACUGGCGACAAGGUCGAGACUGCUAUCAACAUUGGUUUCUCCUGCAACCUUCUGAACAACGACAUGGAGCUUAUCCACCUGAAAGUUGACGAAGACGAAACUGGCGAGACACCCGACGAACAUUUCCUCAAUAUCUUGGAGCAGGAGCUCGACAAGUACUUACAGGACUUCGGUCUGAAGGGCGACAACGACGACUUGGCCAAGGCCAGGAAGAACCACGAACCACCUGGCCCAACCCACGGCCUGGUUAUUGACGGUUUCUCUCUGAAGUGGGUUCUUCACGAUGCAUUGAAGCAGAAGUUCCUGCUUCUCUGCAAGCAGUGCAAGUCGGUUCUUUGCUGCCGAGUCAGUCCUGCUCAGAAGGCCGCCGUAGUCAACAUGGUUAAGAACGGUCUGGAUGUCAUGACUCUCGCCAUUGGAGACGGCGCCAACGAUGUUGCCAUGAUUCAAGAGGCAGAUGUCGGCGUUGGUAUCGCUGGUGAGGAGGGUCGACAGGCGGUCAUGUCUUCAGACUACGCGAUCGCCCAGUUCCGCUUCCUAUCGCGGCUAGUGCUCGUACACGGUCGGUGGUCGUACCGUCGUCUCGCCGAGACGGUGGCCAACUUCUUCUACAAAAACGUGGUAUGGGUGUUUGGUAUCUUCUGGUACCAAAUCUACUGCGACUUCGACGUCACGUAUAUCUACGAGUACACGUACAUCUUGUUGUUCAACCUCCUUUUCACUUCGGUUCCGGUCGUCGUUAUGGGUGUUCUUGACCAGGAUGUUUCGGACAAGGUCUCUCUGGCUGUACCGCAGCUUUAUCGCCGUGGUAUCGAACGGUUGGAAUGGACACAGACCAAAUUCUGGCUUUACAUGCUUGACGGCGUCUACCAAUCGGUCAUGGUCUUCUACAUUCCGUACUUGGCAGUGAGCAGCACAAGCUUCGUGACGAAGAACGGUCUGAAUAUCGAAGACCGAACGCGACUUGGCGCUUACAUUGCACACCCCGCUGUCUUCGUCAUCAACGCGUAUAUCCUCAUCAACACGUACCGAUGGGACUGGAUCAUGAUCUUGAUUGUAGUCCUCAGCGACCUCAUGAUUUUCAUCGUUACCGGCAUCUACACAGCCACCGAAGGGUCAGUGUUUUUCUAUCAAGCCGCCCCGCAGGUAUACGCCCAAGCAUCUUUUUGGGCGGUCUUCUUCAUUGUACCGGUCAUCAGUCUCUUUCCCCGGUUCGCGAUCAAGGCGAUUCAGAAGGUCUACUUCCCAUACGACGUCGACAUCAUCCGCGAGCAAGAGCGGCAAGGAAAAUUUUCUCGUCUCACGCAGGGCGACGACGCGACGGUUAUUGGGGAGCAGACGGCGAGUAAGACCCCGUCGAACUCGUCGGUCAGCUCGCGCAAGGGUAAGCAUAUACACUAUGCCAGUGUGGAUGAGGACAGAAGGCCAAUCUAUCCACCUUCAGUUGCAACACACACGACGCACAACCCGCGCAGCCAAAAUGGCAGCGAUGGCACCAACUACACGGGCCACCGGCAAUCGAUGGACAUGAUGCAAACGCAGUCCCUCGACAUGACCCCUCCGAUGCGAUCCUCCUUCGAACGACCCCGUCCCUCCUACGAUCGAGCCCGACCAUCCUACGAUCGAAUGCGAGCUUCGAUGGACCGCACACGGGCCAGUUUCGAGGCCAGUAACGACUUUACCUCGGCCGCUCGCCUCUCUCGGAUAGAGUCUAGCCAGUCUUACAGCGACCGUUUCCAUCCCAGACGACUACGGGGUCUGUCAUUGACGAAGAGCGCCAACAUGUAG